AUGGAGAUGAACGCUAACCUGAAGGCACGUCCUCCCCAACGUAACGUCAAUAUGGCCGAUGACAUUCCACUGACGAAACUGAAAUUUCAGGAACUCCAUGAGUUGGAGCAGGAGCUGCACACCGAGAUCGUCCCCGGGACGGAGGUGAUGACAGAUGUGGGCUCGCAUCACUUCGUCAAAGGCGGUUCACACGUGCUGGUGCCACAGCCAUCCGACGAUCCUCACGACCCAUUGAAUUGGAAGCCCACGUGGAAAUUCCUAUGCAUAACAGCGACCACCAUGAUGACCUUUACCCAAGGCUUUGGGCCGCUGGCGCUGGCGCCUAUGUUUCCCGACUACAUCAAAGCCUUCAACUCCGAUUUGCACGACGUCGUCAAGUUUACUGGUUACUGUAUCCUGGUGUUAGGUUUCAGUAACUUCAUCUGGGUACCGAUCAGUAGCACUUGCGGCAGACGACCGGUCCUUAUCUUCUCGCAAAUCAUCUGCCUCGCGUCGUCCAUAUGGAGAGCUCGUGCCAACACAUAUGGGUCUUUCAUGGCCGCGUGCAUUGUCAAUGGUAUUGGUGCUGGUCCAGCGGAGACAAUGCAACCUGCCAUCAUUGCAGACAUUUACUUCCUGCAUGAUCGAGGUUACUGGAAUACCCUCUAUUGGGUAGCAUACAUGGGCAGUUUGAUGGUCGGACCUAUUGUCAGCGGCUCCAUGGCAUUGCACAUAGGAUGGCGCAGCUUUUGGUGGCUCAACACCGGGCUGAUUGCGGUGUCACUCAUCAUGGUCAUUUUCAUGUUUCCCGAAACCAAAUGGCAUCGCCCACAUCCAGAAGAGCUGCUCGCCUCAUCGCAAAGGUCCGUGGAUGCCGACUACAAGAAUGGCAGCAGUGCAGAUACGCUGGAGCGACCGAGAAUGGUUCUCGCUGACGACUGGCACGAUUCCGAGAAAAGAGGCAAUAACAUCACACGAAUUCGGAGCAGCCACGGUCCAAACAAUCCUCCCGCGCAUCGUGAUCCGUGGCUUGGGAAGGGCGCCCCGAGCAAACGGCAAUGGGGCAUUUACACACCUUCAGCCAAUCCUCUCAAGAGUAUUCUCAUGGACCUUUGGAUUCCCUGGAAGCUCUUCGCGUUUCCGAUCGUCGAAUUUGCAGCAUUCGUCGUUUCCUGGUCAUGCAGUUCCUUUUUGACAAUCAACUUGACACAAUCGCAAAACUUCGCGGCUCCUCCGUACAACUUUAGUUCGCAGACGAUCGGGUUUACCAACUUCGCCAUUCUGGCCGGUGCCAUGAUUGGUCUCUUUACUGCUGGACCAUUGAGCGACUGGGUCAGUGCUCGAGCUACUGCGAGGAAUCGUGGAAUCAGAGAGCCUGAGAUGCGUCUUCCCGCAAUGAUACCCUAUGUUGCCAUCAUGAUUCUCGGAAAUUUUAUUGUCGCAUUUGGCUACGACCGCAAGUGGCCAUGGGAAGUCAUCGUCAUUGUCGGAUAUACCUGUGCGGGCAUCCAAGUCGCAGCUCUGCCAGCAAUGGUCAACACCUACGCCGUCGACUCGUAUAAGCCUGUCGCAGGCGCGCUCAUGGUGUCCAUCACUGUGAACAAAAAUCUCUGGGGCUAUGGCUUCUCGGAAUUCAUCACGCCCUGGGUUAUGAAGGAUGGCUUCAUCCCACCUAUCAUGCUCAAUAUGAGCUUGAUAACACUGUGGUGCGCAUUCGGAGUACCUUUCUAUUUCUUCGGCAAGACGUUCCGGCGCUGGUCGAAGAACAGCUCUGUGCACAGAAUGUAA